AUGGCGUCCGAUAGACGAAGUAAUCAAUUAAAACGUAAAUUAGUUGAUGCCGGUAGCGACUCGGAUAAUGAAAUAGAAAAAAAUGCAAAACAUAUAAAAAUAAGAUCAGAGGCACCACGACUGUGUCCAUAUUUGGACACGAUUAAUCGACAAUUUUUAGAUUUUGAUUUUGAAAAAUUAUGUUCGGUAUCGCUGUCCAGGAUCAAUGUGUACGCUUGCCUAGUUUGUGGCAAAUAUUUUCAAGGCAGAGGUACUAAUACUUAUGCUUACACGCAUAGCGUGGCAGAAAGUCAUCAUGUUUUUCUUAACCUGCAUACAUUAAAAUUUUAUUGUUUACCAGAUAAUUAUGAAAUCGUAGAUUCAUCCCUAGAUGAUAUUAAAUAUGUAUUAAAUCCAACUUUUGACAAAAUGCAAAUAGCUCAACUAGAUAAAAGUGACAAACAAUCUAGGGCAAUCGAUGGUUCUAUGUAUUCGCCGGGAAUAGUGGGAAUGAAUAAUAUAAAAGCAAAUGAUUACUGCAAUGUCAUUUUACAAGCGCUUUCGCAUGUUACACCUUUAAGAGAUUUCUUUUUGAGAGAAUCUAAUUACUCUCAUGUAAGGAGACCACCUGGUGAUUCAUCAUAUCUUUUGGUACAAAGGUUUGGAGAGCUUAUGCGUAAAUUAUGGAAUCCACGUAAUUUUAAGGCGCAUGUAAGUCCUCAUGAAAUGUUGCAAGCUGUAGUUUUAUGGAGUAAGAAACGAUUUCAGUUCACAGAACAAGGUGAUCCGGUGGACUUUUUAUCGUGGUUCUUAAAUGCUCUUCAUUUGGCGUUAAAUGGUACAAAAAAGCGUGAUUCUAGCAUAAUUUAUAAAACAUUUUUGGGACAUAUGCGGAUAUAUACGCGGAAAAUUCCUCCGCUGGAAUUAGAGGAGAGUCAAAGAAGCGAAUUGUUACAUACGGUGGAGUAUGGCGAAACCGUGACAGAGAGCCCGUUUUUAUAUCUCACUUGCGAUCUUCCACCACCUCCAUUAUUUAAAGAUCAAUUCACGGAGAAUAUUAUUCCACAAGUAAAUUUGUAUACGCUCCUGAACAAGUUUAAUGCUGUCAUUGAGAAAGAAUAUAAAACUUACAAGGAAAAUUUCAUGAAACGAUUUGAAAUUACCGAACUGCCACCUUAUCUUAUACUUUACAUAAAAAGAUUUACAAAAAAUACAUUUUUUGUCGAAAAAAAUCCAACUAUUGUAAAUUUUCCCGUUAAAAAUGUCGACUUUGGAGAUAUUUUAACGCCUGAAGUAAAGGCCAAGCAUCCAUAUACAACGUACGAUCUAGUAGCCAACAUAGUACACGAUGGUGAACCUGGUCAGGGAACGUACAGAGUUCAUAUUUUGCAUAGAGCUACGGGUCAAUGGUACGAAUUGCAAGAUUUGCAUGUUACGCAAAUUUUGCCUCAAAUGAUCACUCUCACCGAAGCAUAUAUCCAGAUCUAUGAAUUGAGGAAAGACACGCACAUGGAAAACGGAGAUAAUAAAAAUAAGAAAAAUACAUGAUUAAAUUAAAACUCAAAAAUAUGAUAAUAAAAUUUACAUUUU